AAAUCUCGCCGGCCGGAUGAUGGGCUUUGGAUCCUCAGUUCGCGGCAAGAAACGACAACGCGAAGAAGUUUUAUAGUGAAAAAGUGAAUUAGAAAAGCAAAAAAAAUAUUUUAAGGGAAAUAAAAGGAUCCGACAUAGUGUCAUUAGAAAACUAAAAUCUACAUAAAUGGACUGGUGCGGAAAUUAAACGACCGAACCUCUUUCCCAUUCAAAGGGUCCGACUGGUUCACAAAGUCGUCAUUUUUUUUCCUUUCUAUGUCCCUUUUGUUUGUCCUUAAAUUAAAUAUUUAUUAAUUUAUUACGAUCCCCAUUAUUUUUUUUUUCACUUCAAAAUUGUUCAUUCCAAAAGAAAAAAAGUUAUUUUUUUUGCCGAGAAAAUAGUCAAGAAAUCAAGAUGCCAUCGUUAUUUCAACAGUUAUCCUCAUAUGAAUCCGAUGGGGUAUUUGGAGUGGAGCCUCUUUUAGAUCGAAGUGAUACACAAAAUUUGCAACUACAAUCUCACGACAAUCUUCAAAUUGCACAUCGUGAACGUGAUCCAUUGCAACAAUCGGAGCAAUUGCAAAUUUCACAACGAGAACGAAAUGCCGAUCAAAUAAAAUUGCAAACACCAAGAGAACGUGAAACAACAUUGUCGCUUCUUCAAUCGACACUUGAACGUGAAAAAAUGCAGGUUCCACAUCCAAAUCGUGAUCGUGAACAAUUGCAAUUUCAACAAAGGGAACGUGAACUUGAACGCGAACAACUUCAACGGGAUAAAAUGCAGCAUCAAACACGUGAACGCGAUCACAUGCAUCAGCUUCAAUCAAUCAGCAAUCUUAUGCUCGAUUUACCAACAUCUUCAUCGUCGUUUCAUUCAAAUCAUGACAAUUCUUGUUCAUUGUCAAAGAACUCAAGUAUGGAUGAUAUGUCGAUUUCCGAUCUUUUUGGCUUGGGAUUACCACGAGGAUCAUUAAUGAGUGGACAAUCAAACUGUAACUCAACAGGAUAUCGACAUCAUCAACAUUAUGGACAAAAUUUUAAUCAGUCACCAUCGGGAUCUUAUCAGAAGCAAUUGGACGAAAAUCGUGGACACGGAAGUAAUUCAACAAUUGGUCAAGAAGUGUUGCAUUCACCAACAUCGGUGUCAACACCUGGUACACCAGGAAGUCUCUACUCGAAUCCACAUUCUUUUCAUCCUCCUACGUCUAGCAGCUCUUAUAACACUCCAUUAUCAUCAAAUCGUUCACAACAUCAAUAUUUGGGCUCACCACCGUCUCCAAUUAAUUCCUCUUACUAUGGAAGACCAAUUCGCGGCUCUCCAUCUUACAGUGAUUGCAGCAGCCCAACUUUGGAUUAUCCACACGUGAUUGGUUGCAAUGGAUCUCGAUCAAAUUCACCAGCUGAUUCUGAGACGAGCGGGGUCAGUAGCAUGGAUGGUUCACUUUCCGAUAUUAUGACGUGUUUGUCAAUAAAUUCAUCAUCACAUCAAUGUUAUCCACCAUCGUUGAAUUCUUUGGUGUCUUCGGAAAUGGAUUGUCCGGGAAAUCGAGUUGUUGCGUUUCAACGUAUGCCUGUGAAAAAAUAUGUGCCCCAUCAGCCGCAUCACCAUCAUCAUCAUUUGCACAAUCAUUCGCGAAAUUAUCAUCACUCUCAACAGCAUCCUGGCAGUUUUCUUAAUUCUUAUUUGAAUUCGGAAAAGAGCUGUUGCCCAACACCAAAUCAACACAUGAUGUCAUUACGUUCACCGCAACCAACGAUUCCUGAUUUUUACAUGUCACUCGAUCGAGCAGCGCGAUGCCACAGAAAUGCUGCUGCUUUGUGUGAGGCUACACGCACUUGGAGAGGUGUUUUACCGCCGCGAACACAAAAACCAACUGGCUACUCUCCCAAAGUUUUCGUUGGUGGCGUACCUUGGGAUAUUACCGAUUCAAUGUUGGUAGCAGCUUUCAAGCAAUUUGGUUCAAUUCGCAUUGAAUGGCCUGGAAAAGAUCAACCAACACAAAAGGGAUAUGUUUACAUUAUUUUCGAAUCCGAGAAACAGGUCAAGACUUUACUUUCAUGCUGCACACAUAAAUUAGGAAACGGUAGCAGCUGGUUUUACAAAAUUUCGUCAAAGAGAAUGAAGUCCAAAGAUGUACAAAUAAUUCCAUGGGCACUAAAUGAAAGUAACUACAUUAUGUCGUCGUCUCAAAAACUUGAUCCGCAAAAGACUGUAUUUGUUGGCGCGUUACACGGAAUGAUGACUGCCUCUGCACUCGCUUUGAUUAUGAACGAUCUCUUUGAUGGAGUUAUUUAUGCUGGUAUUGACACAGACAAACACAGAUAUCCCAUAGGUUCAGCCCGCGUAACAUUUGACAAUACUUGCUCAUACAUUAAUGCCGUGUCCGCAGCAUUUAUUGACAUAAAGACAGCUAAAUUUUCAAAGAAGGUUCAAGUCGAUCCCUACAUCGAAGAUGCUCUGUGUUCUGUGUGCUCAGUUCAACAAGGACCAUACUUCUGUAGAGAAUUGAUGUGCUUCCGUUACUUCUGUCGAAAUUGUUGGCAAUGGCAACAUUCAACAGAUGCAUUGCGAAUGCACGAACCACUGACGCGUAAUUCAAAAAGCAACCAAAUGGUUGGAAUGACACCAAAUUAUGGUGCUAUCACACGAUACUCCAGCACCUUUUCUAUGUGAUGUAAACACGAAAACAAAAGAAAACACAAGGAUAAGAAGGAAGAAUUUCGUGAUUUCUUAAGAUUAUCACGUUUUCAGUUUUGUUUUGACUAGUUAUUUGUAUACAGACAUUGCACCGUUGAAUUUUUUUCCUUUUUUUUUUUUUUUUUUACUUUAUAAUAAUAGUUAAAAAAAAAAAAAAAAAAGCUCAGUUUUAUCGCAAUGAGCUGCGGGCAGCUAGUCUUGACGAAAAAAAACACAAUAGGUCCUUAGAAAUUGAUUAGUUUUGCAAAUCUUUAAAACGAGAUUUUUGUUAUCAGUAUUGUUUAAGUGAUAAAAAUGAGUAAGAAAGAUUUAUAAUGGAAGGGAGAAAAACAAAAUGGUAUUAAGUCGAUCGACAAAAAGAAGUAUGGAUAAUUAAUCCAUAGAAAUUACGGUCAAGACAAUAUAUAUUUUUUUUUUUUUUUAUUAUGCAUUUAUAACGGGACAGUAUCUCUCGUGGAUUUUUUUUUUAUACGUGAAAUCGUUGAAAAGAGAAAAAAAAAGUAGAGUUGGCAAGUUCCUCACACAUAGUGAUUAGUGGGUAACUUGUUUAUCAUGCCUCAUUAAUUAAAUUCAAGAUUCGCUCGAUUGUUGGCUUUUAUAGUGACAAUAUUUUUUUUUAUCUGAUAAUUAAUGAUAAAUUACGCCGGAUUCUAUAGAAAUCUUAAUUCUCGAUAGUUCUAAUUUUUUUCUGAAUUUUGUUAUUUCAAAAAAAAAAAAAAAAAAAAAAAAAAAAAAAAUAGAAAAAAAAAGAA